AUGUAUACCACAUAUCUAGACAAACGGCGCCCACACCACGCACCACAACAGCAACACACAGUCAGACAACGGGCAACACAAGCGCAAACCCCCCCCAAAGCAGACAACCGGGCACACAUACGCGCACCACAGCAGACAGCGGGGCACCACAAACACCCACCACAGGCAGACAACGUGGCACCACACACCGCGACCACACACGCACCCACAGCAGACAACGGGACCACACCACGCAUCCACAGCAGACAAACGGGCACCACACACGCACCACAGAGACAGCGGGCCCCACACAGGCACCACAGCAGGGACAACGGGCCCCACACACGCCACCACAGGCACCACGAGACAGCUCCGGCACCACAACACGCAGCACAGCAGAAACGGGCACCACACACUGCACACAACACGCACACAGCAGACAGCGGGCACCACACAAGCACCACACUCAGCAAGAAGAACAGCGGGCACCACACUCCCACAGCAGACAGCGGGCACCACACAGGCACCACAGCAGACAAAAGGGCAACACACACGGAACAAAAAACCGUAACAACACACUCACCAUACAUCAUACAGCGGGAAACAAACACCAAACACCACAUAAUACGCACCAACAUCAACAAACAACUCCAACCCACAAAUCUACAACUGUAA